CGAUAACAUGUCUUGAGUUACAACCUCAUCCUCACAGCCUCUGCAUCCAGACUUGCGCAGUUUUGCACCCUGGAAAAUGUCGCCCGCAAGCAGAGGAACUGGAGACUCCGAAAGAAGGAAGCUAAGGCGAACGACAAACGCAUGUAUUAGCUGUCGACAAAGUAAGAUCAAAUGCUCCGGCGAAGAGCCGUGCGCAAAUUGCCAGCGGCGUUUAAUGAAAUGCGAGUACUCGGAAGGAACAAACAUCACGGUCAAUACCGACAGAAGGAGUUCAGGGCGGCGAAGACAUGGCUCAGAACAACAAUCGACACCAGGAAGCAAGCGAUCUCGCGGUGCAGCGUUUGGAUCCGGUGACGAAGACUGUAAUUCUCAGUCAGUUGAGUGUCGGUCAUCUCAGUUGCAUGACUCUUCUGAGUGCGUGUACACGAGCCCUUUCACCUUGCCCUCUACGACCAUCAAGAACACCCACAAGAACAAACGUAACUGGAUUUGGCUGGCUCCAUCGUCAACAUGGUCUUUCACAGCCCGUCUCACCCUAAUGAUGGCUGAGAGACUCCAGGUUGAAACCCCAUUCAGUGCACCUAGCUUUCUCAAUGACGAAAUAUAUCCCUUAAGGUGGAAAGCCUCGACGGUAGAUGGACAACCAGACAUCAGUGGACUUCCUUCCAUUGACCAUGCUAUCUAUCUCUUCAACACCGUAAAAUUCCAUCUUGGUCAGAAUUAUCAACUUAUUGACGAGACAAAUUUUGUCAAGCAUCUAGAAGAAUUCUACUACGGCCUGGCAUCUAAGAAAGCGGCAGAGUCACCCUUAUGGUUUGUACAAUUCUUACUUGUCUUAUCUUUUGGGCAAGCUUUCCUUUCACGGUCAAAGGAUUCAAAGGAGCCGCCCGGUGCAAAGUUCUUCGUUCGCGCCAUGGCGCUACUACCAGAGCCGAACGCACUGUGGAAAGAUAGUUUGCUAGCCAUCGAGGUGUUGGCCCUUGCAGGUCUCUAUUUGUAUUCGAUUUAUCAGAGGGAGUCUGCUCAACUAUACAUUGCGCAAGCGAUUCGGAUUGCUCAACUAGAGGGGUUACAUACCCAACUUCCUGAGGAUGCACUCGGGACACAAACAGUUGCUCGUUGCCGCAAUCUCUGGUGGACUUUGUACAUUAUGGAUCGACAUUUCUCCUGCUCUGUCGGAGUCCCUAUGAAUACUCAAGACGCAGACAUUACCACUGUGCUCGACCCCCCGAGUAUAUGCUCCCAGCGUGACGCAACGCUUGGUCUCCAAGUCAAACUCUCGCGUUUGCUAUCAUCAAUCAUUACUACUAUCUACAGGUCCGAGAAGACUCCACUUGGGGAGUUCCUCACUUCGACAAAGUCCAUUCUUCAUGCCUUGGCUGGUCACGCACAGGAGAUUGAGAAGAUCACUCGAUUCAAGUUCCAAAACUCGGUGGAUGCCAUGCCGAAAGGAACCAGAAGCAUUACCUUGCUAUACCAUCAGUGUGUUAUCAUGGCUACGAGGCCACUCUUUCUAUCCGCCUUGAAACAAGAGCUCGAAAACUUUGGAUGGGGUGGAAGAGACCCACAAACCUUCUCAGCUCCCUUGAAGACUCUGGUCGAGACGGGCAUUAAAUCAGCAGUGAAGAGUCUUCAAGUCCUGUCUGGGGAUGAUAGUCUAUUAGAAGUCUUCCUACCAUUUGAGUUAGAAUAUGCUUAUGGAGCUGCCAUACACUUGAUAAUGGCCAAGGCACUCUUCCCAACGGUAAUAGGCGAUGAUGGACUUUUCCAGAUGGAGCAGACACACAACAUAUUGGAUGACAUGAUGAGCAAAGGAAACUUGGUGGCAGAGGUUCGAAAAGCAGAGUUGGUCCAUUUGGAGACUUUGUUUCGCGAAUUCACGCGGCGGGUACGCGACCAAGACUUUGAAGACCUAAGUGGGAUACCAUCGGGCUCAAUUGAAGCAAUCAUCGAUCCGAUCACAACUCAAACUUUUGUCAACGAACCUGACUUGGUAGCUACGACGACAGUGAGUGAGUCGCAGCCGCUUGCGAGCGUGUUUUCGGAUACACCAGAUAACACCGAGUUUCUCGAGACUAUUGGUAUCUCAUCGGAUGAUUUCCUAUCAAUUGUGGAACAGAUGGGAGACGAAGAUGAUCUUCCAUUCUCAAUGCUGGACUUGGGACACUUUUGGAAGUGA